CUCCUCCCUGGAACAAUCGUUUGAUAACAUCUUUACGUUGUGUAAUUCCAAUGCGCGACCUCAGAAAUAUAUGUCAGAGCGAUAGGUGUUCAGUAUUUCGAUCGAUUAGGAAAAGCCUUUGCUCGAUUUGUCAUAUUACAUAGUUUUAUUACUCAUACCAUUUGUUUUUUUUUCCUGUCUCGUGAGUUUCUCUCUUUGUAUCGCUUUAUUUGUUUUUUAUCGUAAUGCCAUUGUGCUCGUUAUCCUCUUCUUUUCGUUCUCGUUAAUAAUUGCGCUCUUAAUAUAGCACAUUCUUUCCUCCAAUUAAUAAAUUGAUUUUAUCAUACAAAUUUAUUUGUCCAUGAUUUUCUAGACUAACUGUAUCUGCGAUUUUUUGUCAUCGUUGUAAUUAUUUGAGAAUAAUCUAAUCUCUAUUUCCUUCGAUUUUUUCCAAAGGUCAAUGUCCGACCCAGUAUAAUGACGUAAUAUAAAUGCCAUAAGAAUCGCGUGUGCCUCUUUACGAAGUUCUCGUCAGAUAUUUAUCGCGUGCGUUUAAAGAGAAACUUUGAAACGUUAUCGCCGCUUGUUUUUUUAAUCCAAGCGCUAAGUGCUGCGUUUAAGUACGCGUUAAGAACCAGUGAGAGGGUUGCUUAUCUGGGAGGGAUGAGAGAGACACACCCCGAAACAGUGAUGAAGCGUCUGUCAGCGUGGUCAGAUGAGAAUGAGUCAUUCCGACGGUUGCGAUGCAAUCUCGAUGAUGUCAAAAGCACGCCGAAUAAGGAUCGCGAAAGACUCUUGUUUCGCAGAUAAAAACAGAAAGGGAAGUGAAACCAUCUUACCGUGGGGUUCUUUGAACCCGCGUGUAAAUAUGAGACUAAUACGUUGUGCGUUACUAACGGUCAAAAGCAGAGAUUCCUCGAAAAAUCAUGGGAAAUCCUCUUUCGAAGAGUGACAACGAUAGUCCUGUGACUGUUGCGAAGACAGCAGAGCAUGAGGUCAAGGUUCGUUUUGCCCGCGAGUUUGCCGAUGUAGGAUCGGUUACGGAGAAUCUCUGCCUGGCCCCAGAGAGUCUUUCAUCAGCCAGCAGCUUCCAUAGUCUCAGCAGUACUCUCAGUACCAAAAGCAGUAGCGGCAUAUGUCCUGACUCGACACCUGAAACUCCAGAUGAUGUCGCAGACACGUCAUAUGUCAACUCCAACAUACCUGGUGUAGAGGAUUUGAUCCUUGCAUGCGCAGACAUUCAUCUCGGAAGUGAACGCGACUGUCAGGAUCUCAGUCAAGAUCAAACCUUUGCAUCAGCCGUAGACGAGACACCAUAUCCCACAAGCGAUUGUUCCCUUAACGAGGAUUUGUUGGAUAACACUGAUAAUGAAACGCAAGUAAUUCAGACGAGUCCCGAAUUACACGAAACAACGUCCUUAAAUCAAACGCAUAUUUUGGAAUCGUCUGGUAAUACACUUCCCAUUGAAGAUUCACAUAUUGUGAUUUCAUCUCCCUUUGUGGAAGAAGUACUACAAACGCAAGUAAUUGAGACGAAUCCCCAAUUACACAAGGCAACGUCCUUGAAUCAAACACAUAUUUUGGAAUUGUCUGGUAAUACACUUCCCAUUGAAGAUUCACACAUCGUGAUUUCAUCUCCUUCUCCUGUGGAAGAAAUACUACAAACGCAAGUAAUUGAGACGAAUCCCCAAUUACACGAGGCAACGUCCUUGAAUCAAACGCAUAUUUUGGAAUCGUCUGGUAAUACACUUCCCAUUAAAGAUUUACACAUCGUGAUUUCAUCUCCCUCUCUCGUGACAGAAGUACUACAAACGGAAGAUUUGACCAAUAAGCAAAUUCCAUUACAAGAAAGUGAUAAUAUAGUGAGUGAGCUUGAAACGUGCGACAUUGCAAGUAAUAUUGUAAAGAAUAUACUGCCAAUAAGUAAUGUGAAUAAUAAUCAAUUGAAUAUAACGACUACUAUUUCAUCUAAUAAUACAACUUUUAAUGUAAUCGCGCCUAGUGAAGAACAGGCUAUAAAAAAUAAUUGUAGCGCCGAAACAUUACCUCUAGAAGAUACACAAGUGUGUCCUACCGAAAUUUCUGUUCCGUCCAUAUCCUCGUUAGCGCAAUAUACGGAUCUUUCAUUACCUAAUAUAUCCAGUGUAUCGUCUCCAUUAGAAGAUACCGAUAAUAAAACAAGAGAAACGAAUACAAAGGCUUUGUUAGAGCUUAAACAAGAUACGUCGACAGUACUGUUGCCUUCCAAUAAUUUUGAUCAAAAAUUGUGUGUAUUAUCUCAAACAAUUGUAGACAACUCUGUUGUUCAAGCUGAAAAGGAUGACGUUAUCAGAGAACCAGGGUUUUCUCAAUUAAAUAAUCACAUUGUAUUGGAUAAAAAAGAUAACAUACAAUUACUAGAUGAAAUCAGUAUUAUAGAAUCAAAAUCAUUGGAAAUUAAAGAAAACUUGCAGACCAGUGUCGAUAAAAAAGAUUUAGAAGUAGACAAUAGUGUAGCAUUGAAUGCAAUACAAAACUUGCCUGAAAAAGAAAUUGCCAUAUACAAUGAGACCUGUAUUAUAAAAGAACAGUGUAAUUCGGAAACUGUAGAAAAUGAAAAACAAAUUGUAGAAAGUACGGAUAUAACGAGUGUUGUUAAAAAAGAAACACCUGUUGAAGAUCUCGAUAGUACUCUUACUUUACAAGAGGCAGACAUAAUCUUUACACCAGAUGAAGAACAAUACGAGGAAUUUAAACCUCAACGACAAAGUACCACAUUGUCAGGAAUCAACGAACAAUUGUAUUUUGAUGAAUUAAAAUCUACAGUGGAAAAAGUUACUAAUGAGCUACUCGAUCCUUUAUUGGAGUUCACAGAUGAUCAGUUUGUCAGUGCAACACCUGAAAUUUUUCAAGAUCCUUCGACAUUUGAUUUCUUGUUAGCACGAAGUAAUCCCACGCAUACAAAUCGCCUUAGAGCGGAAUCCUUAUAUGUUAAAUUUGAUCCGUUGGUAUCGAAUACCAGCAUGUUGCCUCAAGGAAAUGCCCAAACGAUAAACGAAGAGAAGAAUGGUAAAAAUGAAUCGCCACCUCCUGAUGUUGGUACACCGAAACAUAAUCCUGCCAUAGCAGCUAUAGACAGGCUACUUUUUUAUAGUCCUCUUCCUAAUGCAACAGUGCAAAAGUUAGAGGAAGCUCAAGAAAAAAAUGAGCAGCCAAUAGAAGAGCCUAAAUCCGAUGCACCACUUAUCGAUCAUAUAGAUAUGAGUAAAGAACUUGAACUUGUAAGAACGACGGUACUACAGUUGGAAGAAGAAUUAGAGAAACAGAAAAAGGAGCAUGAAACAGAAUUGGAAAGACAGAAAGCAGUUUUUCAAGAAAAAGUGAAUAAACUACAGGCGCAAAUAUCACAAGAAAUAAAAACUAGAACACAAAUGAAAGUUGUUCUAGAGGAAUAUGAAAAAUCGAUUAGCAAAUUAGUCACAGCGCGGGAAAAGGAUCGUACAAGUUUUGAACAAGAUAAGGCAAAAUUGCAAGAAGAAUUGCAAGCUGCAAACCACCAUUUAACUAAUACAGAGGCAGCGUUUAACGAUGUACAUCAAAAAUAUGAAAGACUUAAAGGAGUUGUGUCAGUGUAUAAAAAUAAUGAGUCUGUAUUAAAAGAAAGUAUCCAGGAAAAUGUAGAAACCAUAAAAACAUUGGAAACACGAUACGAUCAACUUAAGGAACAUGCAAUGACUCAACUAGAAAAAGCUAAUCUGGAAUUGGAUGGAAUACGAAAACAGAAUGAGGCGGAAACCGUAAAACUACACGCAAUGAUAAGGAAAGCAGAACUUAAAAGUAAUUCGCUCACUGAGCUUGUAGAACAGAAAACUAAGGAAAACAAAGAACUUGCAAAAAUCCUAGAUGAAGUUAUUGCUAGAGUUGGACAUGGAAAUUCGGAAUGAAAAUGAAGUAUCGCGAUUGCUGCGCGAUUAGUCUUUAUUUUUUUACUUGUCCUUCACUGUCUUAAAUAUAAUUAUAUAUUAGAUACAGUUAAUGUAUGUAUACGUGCAUUAACUCGUAAAGUUAUUGCAAGUUGCAUUUUACUUCAGGAAAACGUCUUUUAUUAAUUAUUUAUAAGUUGUGAAAUAUAACUAUUGUAGAGCUAAUAAAACUAUGCUUAUUUUAAAAA